CAUCACACACGCGGCGCGGUCGGAAGUCUGAAGUCGACGAGCGCGCUGUAUGAUUUUGCAUCAUGGAGGAUCGACCUGACGGCAAUAUCUGAACAAAAACUAUCACAAUGUGGGUGCUACAAAACAACAGAGAUUGUGAUAUCCGCUUCUAUCUAAUCGAAGGCCAGGAGUACACUGUUGGACGCCGAGAUUGCAGGAUCUUGAUUCUAAACGACAACUCAGUGAGUCGUAAUCAUGCCAAGUUGACAGUCACACAUUCUGAUGCCAAUCUGAGCAAGCCGCUUGAGAGACCUCUCCUGACCUUCCAUGAUUUGUCAAAAUUUGGCUCAUUAAGAAAUGGCGCCAAACUGGGUAGUGGUGACACCCCUCUUGAAGAUGGUGACCUCAUCACCUUCGGUGCCUUGAACUCCAAUGAAUGGAGAGUGACAUAUGAACCACUAGUGGUAGCCUUUUCAUCACUUCCGUCGGUCGAGAAGAAAUCUCUGAAGUUACUGACACGUAAACUUGGGGGUCACGUUGUUCCCGAGUGGAGUAAAGAAUGCACACAUCUCAUCAUGACGCAGUUGACCGUCACCAUCAAGGUUAUCGGGGCCCUGGUAACCUGCCGUCACAUCGUCACUCCAGAGUUUUUGCGAAAGACGGAAGAGGCGGCUGUCGCAGAUUCUAAGAUGCCCGAUCCACUUAAUUACCACCCAACCCUGGCAGAGACGGCCAUAAAUGAGAAGGAUGUAUCGUUCCAGCCGAAUGUCGACCGACAGACUCUCUUCAAUGGCAUGACUGUUGUAUUCCUUACUGCCAAACAGCUAAAACAGCUCGGUCAGAUUGUAGAGCUAGCCGGAGGCAAGCCGGUGCUGAUCGAUGAAGGGAUGACAAGAGGUGAAGAGAAAGUUCUGACGGAUCCUUCAACCAUCGUCAUGUAUGCUGACCCCCAAGACCAGAGCCAAAUUAUGACUCAGGCUGGACAGGAAUGGGCAACACGGGUUAUGGACAUUCUCAAAAGGAGAGACCUUCGACCCAUCCCUCAGUCUGAGCUGGGUCUGGCCGUGCUGUACGCAUCAACAGAAGUUCACUGCAACCCUAGAGUCGCUCAGGCCGGUUUGACCUUCCUGCAUCCAGUGGCGGCUCCUUCUCUCACCCAGGACGUCUUAGCCUCCGAAACGCAACAUUCUAAACUCCCUCAAUCUCAAGUGCCAGAGACGAGGAAGACUUCAUCAGUCGCAAAGCAACAGCAAGAGAAAACUAUGAAUACUGGGCCAGAAAAGUCGUCAAAGAAAAGGGUGAGAGAGGAGGACAAUUCCAAGUUGUCUGCACCAUCCAAACUCCCUCGGAGGGAACCUGUGAGCCUCCCUAAUCCCGAGCAAGCGCCCUCAACAACAAUCCUAGACGUUAUCAUGAAGAAGGCAUCAUCGGUUUCAAGCAAACAAGCGGAUUCAAGCAAACAAGCAUCUUCUUUGCAGAAAUUGCGGAACUCUUCUUCUGCUCGGAUUUCGACACAGAAACGCUCGCCAGAGGGGAUAGUGAAAGCUGAUGCCGCAAACCCACCCAAGAAAGGUCACCUUGGGUCCGGAGCAGUUGGGGACAUCCUCUCGCCAUCUGAGCGAAUUGAUAAGACCAAGACUCGGAACCCAGAACGCACCCCUAAUCCUUGUACAUCAGAGAAAGAUUAUGUAACAGUUGAAGACAGUGACGAUGAGGCAGAUGCGAAGACACUUGAGGAUGAUGUCAUCCCUCCAUCAGGAAGACCAGAUGAGAAGGAUGUCAUCCUGCCGACAGGACGACGAGAUGAGAAGAUGGUGAGGGGGAGAAACAAAGACAUCCAUCAUCUCGGAUUUGAGUCCCAAUUAGUCAAGAAAGACAGAGAAGUCACGAGAGCAGACUCUGAAGGGGACAUCAUACCACCAUCGAGGGAGACAAACGACAAGACGACGAAUAAAGACAUGAAUGAUCAUAAAUCAGUCUCCCAAGCAUUCGAACCCAAAGCCAUGGACGCGAAGAUUGCACCAUCUGAAGGAGGCACCAUCACAAAAGACGUCCUUCCUCCAACCGCAAAUGAGAACAGAGGUAGGAGGACAGGGAAGAGGCGGAGGGAUGAUGCAGUUGCCAUGGAUAUAGAGGAUGCUAGUCAGAAGGGGGAUGUCACUGAGGAGGGCGGCGGGAUGAACAAAUCCAAGAAGAGUAGAUUGGCCGAAGAGGAUUACAAGGGAUCGAACCCUACCAUUGAUCCUGAGCCAAUAUCGCAUGAUGCUAAUCCCCCGCUACAAGAAAUCCCCACAGGAUACAUCACGGCCAACAAAAAUAUCAAGUGUGAGCCUUCGAGUCCUUCAGACCCUACCCUGCCGUUCAAUCUUGCCAUCGUUGAAAAAAUUGACCUCGUCAUUAGAAUAGCCACAGCUCCUCCAACGAGGCAAAAGACAAACGCCAAGAACUUCAAAAAGUUCAAAAAGGCAUCGUAUGUUGGUCAGUUCAGCAUGCCUCAUAUAAUCGGUGGAUCCGAUCUUUACCACAGUGAGACAAGACAACUCGCUGAAGCCAGAGCUGAGAUGGCCAAAGAGCGAAAGGUUCUCGAGAAAGAAAAGGAACAGAAAGCCCUCGAUGACGAUCUGUUCAACUGGGAGCCCAGACCAACCAAAAGACGUCGCUGAUUAAUCAGUCAACCAAGAUUUUGGACCAGCAGCUGAAAGCAACUUGCCACUGUCAAGCCAAGGCACAGUGCGUUUCCAACGCUAACUCAACGAUUUCCAAGGUUGUUUUUUGAUCAACGAGUUUUGAUAUUUUUUAUUGAACCAUCCGAUUUCCAAGGGUUGUGAAGUUUUGUUUGUGUCCGGUUUGAGCAAAGCUUGUCUCGCAUGGUUACACUUAGGCACACUUACUGUGAUAGUAGGUCCAUGGUGGAAGGAAAUAGCCUUUGCCACAAAAGAACAAAACUCUUGUAAAUUGUCCAUACAUCUUUGGUAAAAUGCUGGCAUUUUUUUUGUGCAAACAAGAAUUCUACUUCUAUGGUUACCCGGUAUAUAGCUCCUCUGCCCCGACUGUAAACACUUACAGUGAUUGAAAUAUUGGCAGUUGUUUGGCCAAAAAAACAAACGUAACAAACAUGUUUAGCGUCCCCUCACGCUUCCUUUUGAGGGGCCUUUUUUUUUUCCUUUCUU